CCACGAAAAAAUGUCCGCCAGCUCGGCUUUCAACGACGAGAAAGGGGGCUCCUCCAGCGUCGGGGAGCCCGAAUAUGGCCACGACCCGGCAAGCGGAGGGAUCUUCUCCUCGGACUAUAAGAGGACUACUCAUUUUCUUCCCACUGGGUGAGAGAGAGAGCAAGAGAGAGAGGCAGGGUGGUCCUCAUCACGAUGCUGCCGAGAGCGCUGAGUCACGUAAGAUGAUGCAAACGGAGGCUGAAUGUUGAAAAGCUGUGACCGUCUUUAUAAGUGAGAUGAUUUAGGGCUGCUUGAAAGCGUCUGUUGGCUGGAAGGGCGAGGUCUAUGGCCUGUGAAAUGAUGAGGAGGUGGAGCGCUGAUGGCGAGGAGGGGGUUAGUGUCAACGUGGCGGCGUGUCAUUAUGCGAGAGCAUCUUUGUGUGUGUGUGUGUGUCAAUGACUGAGCGACAGGGAGAGGCCGGCGCUGCAACAGUGAGCACGUGAGCAGCGGGAGGGGUCGCCAUCGCAGAUUCCCCGCCCCUCUGUGACCAGCAUCUUUUUUAUGGCGGCUCAGUCGGACGCAGCAACAUCAGCGGCAGAAAGAUCCUGCUGGAUUCGGAUUACCGUGGCCCGUCACCACGGAGACGUCUAUCUUUGCAGGAGCUGGAGCGUUUCUGGCGUCUUCCCUGCAUCAAAUGUCCACGCCGGAUACAUUUAAUCAUAAAUUAGUACUUGUAACAUUCUAGUGGCUCGGGAAAGAGGAGCCGCAGCCUUUUUCAGAACACUCCCUCUCUACACUUCGCCUGCUCGAACGGGAUCCUACAGGUCACGUCAGAUCUUUUGGCAAAGUUUUGAAAGGAUGACCGCCAUGCAGAAGCUGCUGCAGCUGCCCGUGAACGCUGUUAAUAUGGUGAAGACGGUGCAGAGUCAAGUGCAGGGGCUGGAGGAGGACAAGAGCCCCGUGCUGACCCCCGACGGCGCCCAGCAGACCUGGUACAGCGCCCUGAGGCCCGACGAGCUGCGUUACCUGCGCUCGGGGGGCGACGGAGGACGAGAUCACGAGGAACGAGCGCCGCUGGAGGACGGCGGGAGUUCUCAAAGUCAACCUUUGCGACACGACGACCUGAAGGAGAUGCUCGACAGCAACAAAGACUCGCUGAAGCUGGAGGCCAUGAAACGCAUCGUGGCCAUGAUUGCUCGAGGUAAAAACGCAUCAGACCUUUUCCCCGCCGUGGUGAAAAAUGUGGCUUGUAAAAAUAUUGAGGUGAAGAAGCUGGUCUACGUUUACUUGGUGCGUUAUGCCGAGGAGCAGCAAGACCUUGCGCUGCUCUCCAUCUCCACCUUUCAGCGAGGCUUGAAGGAUCCCAACCAGCUGAUCAGAGCCAGCGCCCUGCGAGUCCUCUCCAGCAUCCGAGUCACCAUCAUUGUUCCCAUUAUGAUGCUGGCCAUCAAGGAGGCUGCGUCCGAUAUGUCGCCGUACGUCAGGAAGACGGCCGCCCACGCCAUCCCCAAACUCUACAGUUUGGAUCCAGAACAGAAAGACCAGCUGAUUGAAGUCAUUGAGAAACUCCUUGCUGACAAAACCACUCUGGUGGCGGGUAGCGUGGUUAUGGCCUUUGAGGAGGUGUGCCCGGAGCGGAUCGACCUGAUCCACAAGAAUUACAGGAAGCUGUGUAACCUUCUGAUCGACGUGGAGGAGUGGGGUCAGGUGGUCAUCAUCAACAUGCUGACCCGCUACGCCAGGACCCAGUUCCUCAACCCGAACAUAAACGAGUCCCUGCUAGAGGAGGGUGGGGGUGACAAGACCUUCUACGGCUCCGAUGACGACGAGGACGAGGAGGAGAAGGAGAAGAAGGUGGAGGCCGCCAUGGCCAAGAGGAAACCGUACGUGAUGGAUCCGGACCACCGGCUGCUGCUGAGGAACACCAAGCCGCUCCUGCAGAGCCGCAACGCCGCUGUGGUCAUGGCCGUGGCUCAGCUCUACUUCCAUCUUGCUCCCAAAGCAGAAGUCGGGGUAAUUGCCAAGGCUCUGGUGCGUCUUCUGCGGAGUCACAGUGAAGUCCAGUAUGUGGUUCUUCAGAAUGUGGCUACCAUGACCAUCAAAAGAAGGGGGAUGUUUGAACCAUACCUGAAGAGUUUCUACAUCCGCUCCACAGACCCGACCCAGAUUAAAAUCCUCAAGCUGGAGGUUCUCACCAAUCUGGCCAACGAGACCAACAUUUCCACCAUUCUCAGAGAGUUUCAGACGUACAUUAAAAGCAUGGAUAAAGACUUUGUGGCCGCCACCAUCCAAGCCAUCGGCCGCUGCGCCACCAACAUCGGGGAGGUGAGGGACACGUGCCUGAACGGCCUGGUGCAGCUGCUGUCCAACAGAGACGAGUUAGUGGUAGCCGAGUCGGUGGUGGUCAUCAAGAAGCUGCUGCAGAUGCAGCCCGAGAAGCACAGCGACAUCAUCAAGCACAUGGCCAAGCUGACGGACAACAUCCAGGUGCCGAUGGCGCGAGCUAGCAUUCUGUGGCUGAUUGGAGAAUACUGCGAGCACGUACCCAAGAUUGCCCCGGACGUCCUGAGAAAGAUGGCAAAGUCCUUCACUAACGAGGAGGACAUAGUCAAGCUGCAGAUACUCAACCUGGCCGCCAAGCUCUAUCUCACCAACUCCAAACAGACUAAACUGUUGACGCAGUACGUCCUCAACCUGGCCAAGUACGACCAGAACUACGACAUCCGUGAUCGGGCGCGCUUCAUCCGCCAGCUCAUCGUGCCCACCGAGAAGAGCGGAGCGCUCAGCAAGUACGCCAAGAAACUGUUCCUCGCCCUCAAGCCUGCGCCCGUCCUCGAGUCUCCGUUUAAAGAUCGAGACCACUUCCAGUUGGGUUCAUUGUCCCACCUGCUGAACGCCAAAGCCGGGGGCUACCAGGAGUUGCCCGAUUGGCCUGAAGCCGCCCCAGAUCCCUCCGUGCGCAACGUGGAGGUGAAGGAGUCUGUAUUUACGCUGCUUGAACGAGUCACAACAUUGACCAGCGUGCCCGAGUGGACUAAGUGCAGCAGCCGGGAGAAGAGGAAGGAGAAGAAAGUGGAGAAGCCCUUCUACUCUGACUCCGAGGGCGAGUCCGGGCCGACCGAGUCUGCAGACAGUGAGUCGUACUCCAGUGGCUCUGAAAGUGGAAGCGGGAGUGGAGAAAGCGGCUCUGGAUCAGAGAGUGAGGAGAGCGAAGAAGCUUCCGAGUCGGGGGAAGAAGAGGACGAAAAAGAGAAGAAGAUGAAGAAGAAGAAGGAUUUCAAGAAGCCGGUGCAAGAAAGCGAAAGUGAGCAGAGCAGUGAGGAGGAAGAGAGGAAGCGUGCGAGGAAGAGUAAACAACGCAAGAGCGACUCCGAGUCGGAAUCGGAAGACGAGGAGAGCGAUUCUGAAAGCAGCCAAUCGGAAUCGGAGGACUCAGAGUCUGAGGUGGAGGUCAAAAAGAAGAAAAAGACGAUGGAAUCAAAAGCUCCUCCUAAGCCCGUCAAGAAAGACAACAAGAAAGAAAAGAAAGAAAUGUCGCUGCUCGAUCUUGACGAUUUUGAACCUGCGCCUUCGCCUCAAGUGACGCCUGUCAACACGUUCCUGUCCAACAGCCUGGUGACCGACCUCGAGGGUUUGUCUUUGUCUGACAGCGUUCUCUCGCCUACGGCCACCUCGCCUUGCAGCGGCCAGAAGAGCUACGAGCUUCUGCACCGCAUCACGGGCGAGGGACUGUCGGUGGAGUACUGCUUCAGCCGACAGCCGUUCGGCGCCGACGGCAACAUGGUGGCGGUGCAGAUGCAGUUCACCAACAGCGCCGCCGCCGACGCCAAGAACCUGCACAUGGAGGACGUGAAGCUGCAGUCCGGGAUGAGGGUCAAAGAGUUCCCGGAGAUCGAGCUGCUGCCUGCGGGCGAGUCGGCCACAGCCGUGAUGGGCAUCGACUUCUGCGACUCCACACAAGCGGCAAACUUCCAGCUGUGCACUCACACCAGGAAGUUCUUUGUGUCCAUCCAGCCGCCAGUCGGAGAGCUGAUGAAACCCUUCUUCAUGACGGAGAACGAGUUUAAAAAGGAGCAGGCGACGCUAUUACAGCGUCUAGGUCAGCUGAUGGGCAUGAACGAGAUCACGGAGAAGCUCACUUUAGACGAGAAGUGCCGUAACGAGCACGCCAUCGUCCAGAAGGUGGCCACGGCCGCCAACCUCAGCAGAGUGCCCUGUGGAUCAGACAAAGAGUGCAGGUUCGCCGGCAAGACGGUGACCAGUGGCAGCCUGGUGCUGGUCACCGUGGCGACCAAGGAGGAGGGCGGCGCCCAGCUGACGGUCAACUGCGAGAAGAUGGUGAUCGGCACCAUGCUGGUCAAAGACAUUCUGCUGGCGCUGACGCAGUGACGCGUCGUCCGCGAACCCCUCGUCUUCACUCCGACCCCCGCACCUGCAAGGAACCUCCUGGAAUGAUUGAAAGUGUCUUUUCUUGCGACAAUCAGACAAAUGAGCGUCAGCCUUGUCAAGUGAGAUUGACAUCCGCAACUUUGUCGCCCCCUGGUGGCUGCGUACAAAAUGACAUCUCACCAGUACCAAGUACACAAUUCGUUAUUUAUUCCAUCGAAAAUGUAUUUUUUUUUUUUAAAGGUAGCUAAUAGAAUGUAGCAUGACUGUUUUAUCCCGAACAUUACAUUUGUGUGCUGCAGUGCUGCUGUAUGUAUGUGUAUAUAUACUGUAUAUGUAGUAAUAACCAGCUAUGUAAUGUGAUCCUUUUUUGAACACGGAGAAAUCCAAAAUGUAAGACUCCAAUUAAAUUAUUAGAAAAAAUAUCUCUAAUUUUAAUUUUUCUCCACUUGGGCCUUAAAAAAAUUAGUACAUGAGUAAAAAUAACCACAAUUUAUACAACAGUUGGCUGUAAAAGUAAUAUUAAGUAGAUACUGUAUUAUCUUAGGUAGUUUACUUUUUAAUUCGUUUUUUUUUUUUUUACAAUUUAAAUUAAAUGUUCAUAUUUCAUGUCUUUCCUUUUCUCACAUGGCAACUGGUCU